GGCGAGAACAAUGUCAUCAUUUCUCCUUAAAAAGAGUGCAGCUAUGUCGUGGUAAAAGCAUCUCGGGAAGAGAACGAAUCAAUAGCAGGGGACGGUGAAAAUCAAAGUGUCCGAUGUGUCUGUAAUAAUAACCUGAACCUGGAUUUUAUUUCAACAUCAUCUUGUGGGUCCAAAGUGCCUUAUUCGUUCCGUCCACCGCAAAAAUGCCAAGAGGCUUUUUAGUGAAAAGGAACAAGAAAGCGAACCCUGUGUCUUACAGGGUGCGCUCUGACGAAGAGGAGCAGGGACAACAAAUACACGCUUUACAGAGUCCAAAAGACGCACUACCGUCGGAGGCUCUCGCAUCCUUCCCUGAGCGCGCAGCAGCAGCAUCCCGAUUCUGCGAGGCAUCAGCCACAGCAGCGGCACCCGGACAUGACGCUAAACCCGUUCAGUUUGGGAACCCGGAGGCAUUGUACCAGGCGCUCUACAGCCCCACCCGGCCCGCCAGUAAGGACCAUGAACGGGCAUAUUUUGAGAGACGUUUAAAUCUAGGCUCACCUGUGUCUGCUGAAUCCUUUCCCACACCUGCAGCGCUUACCACGUUAGAUACUCUAUUUGCCCCAGUGGACCUAAAAAUCGGUACCAGUAACAGCAACCGGACCGGGACAACCACGAACCCAAUCCCACCCGCUGUCACCGGGAAUGGCACCAAAAGGCCUUCAAGCGACACCGAGCGUAAAAACAAGCCUCCAUCAAAAAAAAACAAAGCUAUCAGGAAACUACACUUCGAAGACGAGAUGACCACAUCACCCGUGCUUGGCCUCAAAAUUAAAGAGGCUCCCGUCGACCAAAAACCCAGACCACAGCCGGCAGCAGGUGACAAACCCCUCGGUGAGUUCGUCUGUCAACUGUGCAGAGAAGCAUAUGGCAACCCAUUCGCGCUGGCCCAGCACAAGUGCUCCAGGAUUGUGAGAGUUGAAUACAGAUGCCCUGAAUGCGAUAAGGUGUUCAGCUGCCCGGCGAACCUAGCCUCCCACAGGCGCUGGCACAAACCAAAGCCACAGAAUACAGCGUCAAUAUCUGGUGCGCAAAAUAUUAAAUCCCAGAGUGAUAAGAUACCGGCGAUUGAUAAGGCUGUGUCUGAAGAAAUAAAACACCGGAGCGAAAGAGACACACCCAGCCCCGGGCUGUCAGAGUCGGGAUCAGUUGGAUCAGAGGAGGGUCUCUAUGAUUGCCAUCACUGUGGGAAAAAGUUUAAACGCCAGGCAUACCUGAGAAAGCACAUCCUAUCUCAACAUGCCACAUCCUCCCACAACACCAGCAGCGAGGACCACGAUGCCUAUCCAUCAUCCCAAAGCGAGGGAAAUCCGAGUGACCAAACUCCAAGCCACGCACCAUUGAAUCUGAGUUCCUCAGGGUGCCACCUGUGCCCUGUUUGUGGAGAGAACUUCCCCAACAGAGUCAACCAGGAAAGGCAUAUCCGUCUCCUCCACUCCUCGCAGGUCUACCCAUGCAAAUAUUGCCCUGCCAUGUUCUACAGUUCACCGGGACUUACACGGCACAUCAACAAAUGUCAUCCGUCAGAAAACAGGCAGGUGAUCCUCCUUCAGAUGCCUGUGCGCCCAGCCUGUUAACCGCCCAGCCUGUUAACCGCCCAGCCUGUUGAACCUGUGCCUUUACGCAUGGAAGUCAUGUGCGUGAAGUUCGACUCCAUCCUCAGCCUGUGCAUUUAAUAAAGGGGGAUUUUAAAUCCUGUUUGGAGCUUGAAUUCUAUAUUUUUCAGACUCAUCUUAGUUGAUGUAAAGAAAGUAAAGCAUUAGACUGUUAACUUAUUUUUCUAGUAUCUCUGCACAAGUGCUUUUGCAUUAGCUUCUAGACCUAAGAAAGGGAUAUCCUAGCUGUACCGUUGUCAUAAAAUUGCCUUUUAAUUCACAGGCUGGAAAUGUAUCUAUUAGCUUUAUUAUAGCUUGUGAAUCUGUGGACAUUCCAUUUUUAGCUUUGUCUCUGAACAUAAUACAAUUUGAAAGGUUUUCCCUAUCCAUCAAUGCCUUGGAUUAGAGCUCUUGUACACACCUGCUGUAAAACUGCCUUAAUUUAUGUGUCGAAUGAUGAUUGUUUUUAAUGUCUUAUUUAUCAUUGGCCAGAUAUUGUAUCAUUACUGUUAUUUACACACUGUAUUGCCAAUAUACUACAAGUAAACCAUCAUGAUUUUUAUUUAUUUAUUUAUUGAAUUUAUCUUAUGUAAAUUAUUUUUGGGGGUGUGAUUUAUGUGUGACUCGUUAAUGUAUUUCUUCAUGCCAUAGCAAAAGUAUCCUUUUUACUUAUUUAUAUCAAGUUUACAUAGAUACUGAGAAUGGUGUAUGAGUGAAGUAGGCUACAAUCUAAUGACCUUGAGCUUAUAAAACAUUCUCUUCAAUGCUCUUAAAGGCAAUCAUAUUUUUUUCCUCUGAUUGUUUUGUAUCUAUAAGCUCUUACCGCAUUUGUAUGUUUCUGCAGUAUUUGCUAAAUGUCCAAAUAAUAAAAGCAAAAAAAUCCA